GCUCCGCCCUGCCGGGUGCGGUUCGGUUCGGUUCAGCCCAAGCUACUGGGCAGCAGGGAGACUUCGAGCUGGCUGUGCUCUCUGUGCCGAACUGAGGGGCUGCCCGGAGGCAGAGGAUGAGCUGUGGGUUUGUGUGUGAAUGAUUGUCCCAGACACCCCGUGGAGAAGGGAGCCCUCAGGUGGUGAAAAUGUUCAGCGCCAGCCAGUCCUCCAAAGCUCAGUUCCUGGACAAGGCCCGGCAGGCUCGGGAGGAGCGGCGGGAGCUGAAGGAGAGGGAGCGAGCGGCCACGCAGCUGCAGGCGCUGGCCCGGAGGUUCCUGUGCCGGUGCCGCCUCCAGAGGGAGAUCCGGAGAGAAGUGGAGGAGUUUUUUGAGGGGAAUGAGUCUGGCUCGAGCAGAAGAAGUGCUCUGUCUGUCUUCAGGAUUGCCCGGAGGCUGCUGUUUGUCUUCAGCCAGAAAGAGGACAAAGAGAGGUUUGAAAAGCUGUGCAGGUGCAUUCUGAAUAGCAUGGAUGUGGAGAAUGAGCCCAAGGUGUGGUAUGUCUCCCUGGCACUCUCCAAGGACCUGACACUCCUGUGGAUUAAACAGAUCAAAGACAUUUUGUGGUUCUGCUGUGAGUUUCUCAAGCAGCUGAAGCCUGACAUCUUGCAGGACUCCAGGGUGGUCAACCUGCACCUCACCAUGCUGGUCACCUUCACAGACACUUCCACCUGGAAAAUCCUCAGGGGAAAAGGUGAAGCCCUGAGGCCUGCCAUGAACCACAUCUGUGCAAACAUCAUGGGACACCUCAACCAGAAGGGAUUUUACUCUGUGCUGCAGAUUUUGCUAACUAAUGGCUUGGCAAGAUCCAGACCUUCCUUGUCCAAGGGCUCCUUGACCGCCAUCUUCUCUCUGGCGCUGCGCCCCGUGGUUGCUGCGCAGUUUUCGGACAAUCUGCUGAGGUCCUUUCUGAUCCACAUCAUGUCUGUGCCUGCAAUAAUGACUCAUCUUGCUACUCUAACACCUGAGCGCCUGGCAGUGCUGGAAUCUCAGGACCUUUUCCGCAAGUUCCUCCUGUUCCUGAGCCGGGAAGCGCAGUGCCGGGAUGUCUGCAUGUGCCUGGAAGGAAGUCACACCCUCUGUUUGCUGGGGAACCUUGUGUACUUGGGCUCCUUGAAUGACAAAGUCCUUGAGGAGGAGACAGCUCAUUUUGUGGGGGUGCUCAUCCAGAUGCUCUCCUACUGCCAGAAGUAUGUUUCACAAAAGAAAUCCAACCUCACCCACUGGCAUCCUGUUCUGGGCUGGUUUUCCCAGACUGUGGAUUAUGGACUGAAUGAGUCCAUGCCUCUGCUGACAAAGCAGCUGCAGCAUCUCUGGGGAGUCCACAUGAUCCGCAUCCUCUUCAGUGAUGUGCUCAGCAAGAAAUUGCUGGAGAAUCAGGAAAUAGCUCAGCUGCCAGCACAGCCACUUUCCCCUCAGAACAGCCUGCCCAUGAAGAAUCUUUUCAAGAGAGCUUUCCAGAAGUCUGCAUCUGUCAGGAACAUUCUCAAACCUGUCGGGGGCAAACGAGUGGACUCAGCAGAAGUGCAGAAGAUGUGCAGCAUCUGUGUUCUGUACCAGACCACCCUCACCACCCUGACCCAGAUCCGCCUGCAGAUCCUCACAGGCCUCACUUACCUGGAUGAUCUGCUGCCCAAAUUAUGGGCUUUUAUCUGUGAGCUGGGACCACAGGGAGGGUUAAAACUCUUCUUGGAGUGCUUGAAUAAUGACACAGAGGAAUCCAAGAGGCUGCUGGCCAUGCUGAUGCUCUUCUGUGACUGCUCCAGACACCUCAUCACGAUUCUUGAUGACAUUGAAGUCUAUGAGGAGCAGAUUUCAUUCAAACUGGAAGAGCUUGUUACCAUCUCAUCCUUUCUUAAUUCCUUUGUGUUUAAGAUGAUCUGGGAUGGAAUUGUAGAGAAUGCCAGAGGGGAGACCCUGGAGCUGUUCCACUCUGUCCACGGGUGGCUCAUGGUGCUGUACGAGCGGGAUUGCCGCCGGCGCUUUGCUCCUGAGGACCACUGGCUGCGCAAGGACCUCAAACCCAGUGUGCUCUUCCAGGAGUUAGACAAGGACAAGAAACGAGCCCAGCUGCUCCUGCAGUACAUCCCCCACGUCAUUCCCCACAAGAAUAGGGUGCUGCUGUUCCGAAAUAUGGUGACGAAGGAGAAGGAGAAGCUUGGGCUGGUGGAAACCAGCUCUGCAUCUCCUCACGUCACACACAUCACCAUCCGCCGCUCACGCAUGCUGGAGGAUGGAUACGAGCAGCUCCGGCAGCUUUCCCAGAAUGCCAUGAAGGGAGUGAUCAGAGUGAAGUUUGUGAAUGAUCUGGGUGUUGAUGAAGCUGGCAUUGAUCAAGAUGGGGUCUUCAAAGAGUUUCUGGAAGAGAUAAUAAAGAAGGUGUUUGACCCUGCACUCAACUUGUUCAAGACAACCAGUGGUGACGAGAGGCUGUAUCCAUCCCCAACAUCCUACAUCCAUGAGAACUACCUGCAGCUCUUUGAGUUUGUAGGGAAAAUGCUUGGGAAGGCUGUAUAUGAGGGGAUAGUUGUGGAUGUACCAUUUGCUUCCUUCUUUCUGAGUCAGCUACUUGGGCACCACCACAGUGUCUUCUACAGCUCUGUAGAUGAACUUCCUUCCUUGGACUCUGAGUUCUAUAAGAAUCUCACUUCAAUUAAGCGCUACGAUGGUGACAUCAGUGACCUGGGCUUAACACUGUCCUAUGAUGAAGAUGUCAUGGGUCAGCUUGUUUGCCAUGAACUUGUUCCUGGAGGGAAGACCAUUCCCGUUACCAAUGAAAAUAAGAUCAGCUACAUCCAUCUGAUGGCUCACUUCAGGAUGCACACGCAGAUCAAGAGCCAGACAGCAGCACUCAUCAGUGGGUUCAGGUCCAUCAUCAAACCCGAGUGGAUCCGGAUGUUUUCUGCCCCGGAGCUGCAGCGCCUGAUCUCUGGGGACAACGCUGAGAUUGACCUGGAGGACUUGAAGAAACACACAGUGUACUAUGGGGGCUUCCAUGGGAGUCACCGGGUCAUUAUCUGGCUGUGGGACAUCCUGGCCAAUGACUUCAGCCCUGAGGAGAGAGCCAUGUUCCUCAAGUUUGUUACCAGCUGCUCCAGGCCUCCACUUUUGGGCUUUGCCUACCUCAAGCCUCCUUUUUCCAUCCGCUGCGUGGAGGUCUCUGAUGAUCAGGACACAGGGGACACUCUGGGCAGCGUGCUGCGGGGCUUCUUCACCAUCCGCAAGAAAGAGCCCGGAGGGCGCCUGCCAACCUCCUCCACCUGCUUCAACCUCCUCAAGCUUCCCAACUACAGCAAGAAGAGCAUCCUGAGGGAGAAGCUGCGUUAUGCCAUCAGCAUGAACACUGGCUUCGAGCUCUCCUAGUCACCGUGGCCCUGGACUCUGGGCUGAGAGCUGCUGGAACUGGUGGCCUUCACACACAGAGGGUGGGUGGGCUCCGUGGGAGCUGGCUGCUGGCUCAAGGGCAGGAGAGGUGCAGCUAAUAAAUGAUGAAGGUUUAGAGGGAAGAGCUGCUGGGUUAGACAGGGCUUGUCUCUUCUCAGGCACUUCUCCAGGAUGAAGGAGGUGAUGGGCCUGACCCAAUACACUUCACUUGACACCCACGUAAAUCAGCUUUUUAAAGCAAACCCCGGGGGAGCGUCAAAGGAACAUUCAAAGUGCCACUCAGAUUAGUGACCGUAGCACCCCCCUGGCAGGCUGGGCAGCUGCUGCCGUGGGAGUGUUUCUUUUUCCUUUCCCAGGAGAUGGUCCAGUCUCUCUACUGGGUGGAAGUCAAGCCUGUGGGAAGCUGCACAAAGGCAGGAACGUGACGAGGAGACGAGCAGGAGGCUGCGGCGGCAGUCGAGCCCCGGACGGGGCAGAAUUAACUCAGGACAGGUACUGCACAGGGGCUGCCUCACACCCCUGUGUUUCUCUUGGAGAAGGAAGCACUUGCCCAGACUGGAGGAGCAGCAGGUUAAAUGCCAGCAGAUGGACCCUGCCACUCUCAGGAAGGUUUUGGAGUGCUGUAGGUUAAGAGCUCAAGCAGCAGGCGUGGGGGGUCAGCGUGCGGAGCCAACUGUGCCUCUGCCAAGCUCCUGCCAGAGCCUGGGCUUUGGAUGGAAGAGUUUGUUGUCUGGAUUUGCUCAGGAGCAGAAAAGGUUGAAUUUUACUGCAUUUCCAGAGGCUGGGAGCUGGCACAGAGCUCAGUGCUCAAGUGGGGCAGGUGCCCCCUGUGUUCUCUGGGCGGGGAAUGUGCUGAGCUGCCCAGAGCCCUCUGGAAAAAUUCCUCCCCUGGCAAAAUUCCUCUUACUUGGAUAAAAGUUUUCACUUUGUGUGCAGGCUCUUUUGUUAGGGAGAUGUGCUGGUUUGAACCAGGACUUGGCCUCUGUGUAACAACCACGUUCUCUUUGCUGCCAAACUGUUUGUUUUGGUUGGUUUGUUUCUUUCUGGCCUUAUUUUUAACAGCUGAUGUUUGCCUGUAGCAGGCAAACCUUUUUCAGGGGGUUCUGGAAAGGGAGGGUGUGAGUUGGGGGGGGUUGCAUGUGUGUUUUGGGAAGGUGUGGACCCUUCCUGCCAUUUCUAACCAAGUCCAGACCCUGGCUGUAAAAUAUCCCUGCAGCUUCAUGGCCUUGGUCCCUGGAGCAGAGCCUGCAUCUCCUGGGCUGCUGAGAUCCUGGCCCAAAGGAAAGCCAUGUAUGUUCUCCUGGUGGGGACAGGAUUAAAAACUUUUCCCCUUCCCCUGUGGCUGCUCACUAAUCAAAGAAGCUCCUGCAGAGGGUCUCGUGUCCCUCCCACCCUCCCUGUGGCACUGGUGGCUCUCACCCCACACAGCUCUGUCUGGGCAAGGUGGGUUGGAAGCCUCGUGCUGCACAAGUGGGCUUGCAGCAGCUGCUCCAGCACCCUACCUCAUCCUCUGCCUUGCUCCAGCUCCAGCCCCUGGCAUUCCCAGCCCUUCUGCACAGGUCUCUGCAGGACAAGGCUCCCUGAACUCCCUCAUAACCAUGAGGAACAUUUCAAACAGGCCAGAAAAUCCUUGGCUCUGUUCAGCCAAGAACACAGCAAUGGCCUUUGCUUCAGUGUUCUCUCCUGCCUUGCCUCAGCUGGUUGUUAGAGAAGCAGCCUUUAUUUCUUUUGUUUUCUUACUUUUUGUUGGAACCAGUGCCUGUAAAUAUAUCUGGAGAGCAAGAUCAGAAUCCUUUUUCUGUGUCAGCUCAGUAAUACUGAACAGGAGUGAUCAGAAGUGUUAGGGAGGGCAGGAAUGUGCAUUCAGAGGAUUCAAGAUGCUAGACUAAGAAUCCAGAGAUCUUUAAGAGAAGAAGUUUACUAUAAUCUUGAAGCUUUCUUUCUGCAUAGAGCAUUUCAGCAUUAAGCAGUUGUUGAAUGUGUAUGUGAGAGGUUCAGGUACUGAUUUGUACCAAUCAUAGCUUAAAAUACCACAUGAGAUCUUUUUUUUCUUCUAGGGAAAUGCAGUGUCUGACUAGAGCACAGUGGUUGAUUGAUGCAGUGAGUUGUUUGAACACAGUGAGAGAAAAUCUUUGCCCCCCUUUUUUGCUUCUUUCCUCAGGAGUACAAUUCCCAGAAAAGUUCUUAAUGCAGACUUGGGUCUCUUCCCAACCUGGAAAUAUUGCACUAUGAGACACUACAUCUGAUUUUGUAGCUAGAGUAUAAAAUGUGAUUGUUUAGUCCUUGCCCUGGUGGCUGUAAUUUCUUUUGGUAGCUGAUUUCUGUAAACUUGGGAGGCUUUAGUAUGUUUUUACCUGGGCAGAAGCUGUGGAUGGGUGCUGUGCACAGGGGUUCUUUGAAGGGCAGGGGGGGAGUUUGCUGUGGGAGAUGAAUGGCAAUUUUUUCCUACAGAAGACUGGCUGCUGUGGAGACCUUGGGAGCAUCCCUUGUUGUCAGAAAUGCAGGGAAGUGAAAAAUAAACCUGGUGUGAGUAAGAUGA